CGGAGCCGUGGUGGGCAGGGGCCAGGGAGUGAUUCCGGCGAGCUGCUGUGCCCUCCCCUCCUCCCUCCCAAAACCGUCUCCCAACUCUGCAUCCUCUCCAACCGAUUCUACUCUGCCUGGAAUUCCACCCCUUCUCUUUCCUUCCACCACUCCGACGCCGGCCGCGGCGGAGUCGGACAAGAGGAGGAGAAGCGAGAGCGAUUCAUCGACUACAUCAGCUCCACCCUCGCCCGCCGCGCCCCUUCCUUCACCCUCGACGAAUUCCGAAUCCAAGCCCCCGCCCUCGCCCUCCCCUCCUCCCCCGCCUACCACGACGACCGCGUCGCCGCCUCUCUCCCCCUCUUGAACCCACCUCGUCAGUCGUCGCCUCCAAAAACCACUGCGACCUCGCCGCCUCUCUCACCCUCUCUCACCCACCUCGUCGCUUCCUAUUCCAGACAACACCGUUCGCGCCGCCUCCUAUCCAGACCCACCUCGUCGCCUCCUUCACGAAGACUUGCAGUGAACUUGCGUCGGCGCAGGGUUAGUUCAGUUCUCCCGCUUAAUCUUAACUCUAUAUAUAGGUAUCAGUCG